UUUGUGAUAGGGCCAGUGCCAAUCAGUCCGGUUGUCUCGUAACACCAUGUCGGCACAUUCUUCUUGCUGCCUGACCCCUACACCAAAUAUUGGAAUACUCUGCAUAGAUAUUGCAACUACGCUUCAAAUUCAUUUUGGCAAGAAAUGGUACAGCUAUUUGGUCGCAUCAUAUGUUAAAUAUUUGGAAGCAUCAGGUGCGCAUGUGGUGCCCAUCUGGAUCGGACGUAAUCGUUCUUACUAUUUAAAUAUGAUGAGCAAACUUAAUGGCAUUCUCUUGCCUGGAGGAGCUGUGUUCAUAGAUGAGGCUGACUCGAUGGGUAAACCAGAUCUCACCAAUGACUCUGUGCAGAGUGCAUAUCACAUUUUCGAUUUAGCCAUCGAGAUGAAUGCAGCGGGCAAAUAUUUUCCGAUUUGGGGCACCUGCUUGUUGCUUAUGAUUCGUUCUGCUAAAAGCAAAGAGAUUCGCACUGAAUGUGAGAAUAUGCUGAAAACUUUACCUUUAGAGUUGACAGACGAUUGGAGGAAUUCGUCCCUGCUUCAACGAUUACCGACAGCAAUGUGCGAGGAGAUGAGACAAAGAAAUUUCGCCUGCCAUCAACACAGAUAUUGCAUACCUAAAAAGAAUUUUGAAGUUUUUAAAUUGUUUAAUGAUUGGCGAAUCUUGGCCACACGCUUUGAUACCAAUUCAAACCAGGAGUAUAUAACCCUCAUAGAGCAUCGUCGUUACCCCAUUUUUGGUUGCCAGUUUCAUCCGGAACGAAUGGCCUUUGAACAACAAUUUAUCGUCGAUAAGGUCAAUUCUCCACGGAUUUGUAUCGAAUUGGCCCAGUUUCUAGGCAACACUUUUGUUGAUGCCUGCCGACACAAUGGUAAUCGUUUUGGUAGCUCGGAAGAAAAAUUCCGACAUCUUAUCUGGAAUUGGCAAUCAGUUUAUAGCGGUGACAUCAAAGACUCCCAUUGGUUCCAGUGUUAUCUCUUUGAAAAAAAUGAAGACUAUCCCAUGCCUAACAUAUCUCCAAAUAUUAAAACUUAGUCGGUUUGAGUUUUUAACAUAGAAGCUAAAAUAUUUCAUAUUAAAUAAAAUUCAAUUAAUUAUAAAAACUCCCCUAUUGAUCCGCAAAUAGGGUUGGAGUGUAAUUUACAAGCAAUAAUAAA